CGAUCCCCCCCUGGGGGCCGCACCCCCGCUGCCACCGGCUCGGGUCUUGCGGCGGCUGCCACCGACACCUGUUCUCGCGCUCGCGCGGCGGGACCGCUGCUCGGCUGGAUGACACAGGUCGAGAUCGGUGCCUGGGACGCGGACGAGAAGCCGAAGCCCGCCCGCGCGGCUGCCGGCGCCGGGCGCGGCGGCCUCCCGUCGCAGCUCCUCGUGGCGUGGGUGCAGCCCGUCGUGCAGACGGCCGUGCAGCGGCCGCUGCGGGUCGACGAGCACCUGCCGCUGCCUCCCGGCGUCGAUGCCGAGGCGGCCUUCGGCGCCUUCUGGAGGCUGCACCACGGCCCCAGGGCGUCCGUGUGGAGGACGUUGUGGCGCAUGCAGAGAGGGAGGCUGCUCUGCGCAACGAGCAUCGCCCUCGUCGGCGUCUUUGCGAAGUUCGGGUCCACGCUCGCGGUGCGCGGCAUCUCGCAGCAGCUCGUGGCGCACGAGACCACUGUUUGGGAGAGUUUGGGCUAUGCAGUGGCGCUGUGGGCUGCGACCGCCAUCGACACCGCCAGGAUACAUGCACAUUCACCGCUUCGGAGUCGUGGCCCCAGGUCUCAUGGACUCAUCGCGGAGUGGUGGAUGUGGGCAUUUGCCCGCCCUUUGGGUCGGGCGAUUAUCCAUGUCCCCCGUUCCCCUCAGGAUCCAGGGCAGAGCUUCAUUAGCUGUGGCUGUGGAUUUCUCAUGGCAGUGCGCCAUCGACACCAUGUGCCUUCAGCACGCGAACCUGUUUGCAGGCGAGGCGGCGCUGGAGGCAUACGCCGUCUUCGCCACGGUAGCCUUCCGCAGGGCAAGGACGUUGCACCCAUUCGCCCGCCCGAGGCACCCCCGCGGUGCCCUCGUGAACCUGGCGCUGGGCGACCUCGCCCGGCUGGUGAACGGCGCGGCUAUCCUCAUGCAAGUAGUGCUCGUCAUGUUAGUCUGGAUCCCGCUCAUUAUGCUCGGCGUGCGCAAGUGCGCUAAGGUCCAGGCUACUAGCUUCGCAAACAAGAUGAUGGUCCAGGGGCAACGCAUGUCUUUUCUCAACGAGAUGCUUCAGGCUAUGAGGAUGGUGAAGCUGGGCGCGUGGGAGGAGCACUUCGAGGAGCUCCUCAUAAAGACGCGCAACCGCGAGGAGAGAGAGCUGACCAAGAUGCGCAUCUCCCAGGCGCUGUCUCACCCGCUCUCUUGCCUCCUCCCGCCCUUUGCGGGCCUGUCGAUCUUCGCCCUCCACAUCCUCGUCUACGGAGGCAUGCCGAGCAUCCCAAACUCGCUCGCCCUCAUCCAGAUCCUGCGGGCCCUCUCAGUGCCCUUCACGUUCAUGAACAUCUUCUCGGGCAUGGUCUACUCCCUCCGCGCGUCCAUCGGCCGCCUGUCCGUGCUCAUGGCGGAGCCCGAGCUCGACCGCGGUGCCGUGGUGUCCGCCGUGCCGCCCGAGGGCCUGGCCGCGCACGUGGACGGCUGCGGCUUCGCGUGGUCCGAGGGCAAGGCCACGCUGUCCGACGUGCGCCUGAGCCUCCGGCCGGGGCAGCUGACGUUCGUGGUCGGGCACCUGGGCCAGGGGAAGUCGUCCCUGCUGCAGGCGCUCCUCGGCGAGAUGGAGCGGGUCGGCGCGGGGGGCGGCGCGGCCGUGGCCCCGGCAUGCGCCGUGGGCCGCGGCGGCGGCGUCUCGUACCUGCCCCAGCAGCCUUUCGUGCUGAACGCCACCAUCCGGGACAACGUCCUCUUCGGGAGCCCGCCGGACGAGGGCCGCUACCAGCGGGCGGUGGACGCCGCGGGCCUGGGGCCCGACCUGGAGGUGCUCCCCAGCGCCGACGACACCGAGAUCGGGGAGAAGGGGGUCACCCUGUCGGGUGGGCAGAAGGCGCGAGUCGGGCUCGCGCGGGUGGCGUUCGCCCCCGGCGCCCUCGCGCUGCUGGACGACCCGUUCGCCGCCCUGGACAUGGAAGUCGGCCGGCACGUCUUCGAGCGCCUGCUCUGCGGCGUCCUCGGGGGCGUCUCGCGCGUUGUGGUGUCCUCGCAGGUCCACAUGCUCGGCGACCCGCGGGUGGACCGGAUCCUCGUGCUCGCCGGCGGCCGCAUCGUGGAGGACGGCACCUACGCGGAGCUGUCGCGGCGGGGGACCGCGCUGCACGAGCUGCUGCAGCACUCCACGACCUCGGGCUCUGCCCCGCCCGAGCCCCAGCGGCCGUGCCCGAGGAAGGACGGCGAGGCAUCGCGGGUGAGGGGCGGUGACUCGUCGCGAGUGAUGCGCGAGUCAUCGCGGGUGACGAAGGACGAGGCGAAGCGCAGCGGGGCGGUGUCCCUGUCCACUCUGCUCGUCUAUCUGCGGCACGUCGGCUCCCCCCUCUGCCUGGCGGGGCUGGCGCUGCUGACGUGGGCCUUCAGCGUGGGCGAGUAUGGGCCUGACGUGUGGCUUGCUCUCUGGUUGGAGGAUGCCUUGGGCGAGUCCGUGCCUUUCUACAUGGGCAUCUGGGCGGUGCUGCUUUUCGGCGGCGUGGCCCUCAUGGCUGUCGCUCGCACGACCUGUGCCGUUGCCACCGCGCGCGCGGCGACGCGCCUCCAUGCGGGCGUGCUCAGGAGCGUUCUGCAGUGCCCCAUGGUGUUCUUUGAGCGUACCCCGUCUGGGCGCUUGCUGAAUCGCUUCGGGGAGGAUCAGAUGAUCCUGGACACGAUGAUCGGCGUCCUCAUGGAGAACUGUAUGAUCAUUGUGUUCAAGGCAUUGAAUUCCUUUGCGGUGCUCAUGAUUUCCGUGCCCUGGGUAGCCGCCGCACUGGUGGCCUCGCUACCUCUCUACAGGUAUUAUUGGAUCCGCCAGAAUUGCAGCCUCCGUGAGGCCAUGCGCUUCGAAAUGCUCACCAAGAGCCCCAUGUACAACGGCUUCGAGGAGUCCCUCUCGGGCUUUUCGACCAUCAGGGCCUUUGAGGUAGACGACGUCUUCGAGGGCAGAUUCCGGGCAGCCCUGGACACGAACCUGAGCUGGAUAUGGACGAGGUUCUCCGUGGGCGUUUGGACAGAGCUGCACCUGAUGCUGCUGGUGAGCCUGCUGGUCUUCGUCUCCGCAGUGUGCCUGUCCUUCGUCCGCGAUCAGGUGGACCCCGCCAUUGCCACCCUCGGCCUGAUCUACUUGAUCAUAAACGCGGAAUCCCUGCGAUUUCUCACGUCCAUGAGCGCGAUGGCGCAGAGUAACCUCGCCACGGUGGAGCGCAGCGAGGAGAUCAUUGAGGCUCCCCACGAGGCCGCGAGGUGCUCGUCGAGCGACGCACUCGCUCCUCCUUCGAGGCCUGGCGCGGCGCUGGAGUUCAGGGACGUCGUGCUGCGGUACCAGGCGCACCUGGAGCCUGCGCUCAGGGGCGUCUCGUUCGCCGUGGGCGCCGGGGAGCGCGUGGGCAUCGUGGGCCGCAGCGGCAGCGGGAAGAGCACGCUGCUGACGGCGCUCCUGCGGAUCGUGGAGCCCUGCGCCGGCAGCAUCACUAUCGGCUCGGUCGACAUCUCCACUCUGGGCCUGCGAAAGCUGAGGCAGCUGGUCACCAUCAUCCCCCAGGACCCCGUCCUCUUCUCUGGGACCGUGCGGUGGAACAUGGACCCGACGGGCCGACAGGCAGACGAGGAGGUCCAGCUCGCCUGCGAGAGAGCAGGCAUCGCGAGCAUGCGCCCCACUUUCGGGCUGGACGAGAAGGUGGAGGAGGGCGGCAACAACUUCUCCAUCGGUGAGCGCCAGCUGCUCUGCAUGGCCCGGGCGCUGCUGCGGUGCGGCGCGGUGAUGCUCUUCGACGAGGCGACAGCGAGCGUCGACGUCGAGAACGACGCGCGGCUCCAGCAGGUGCUGCGGGAGGACUUCCGCGGCGCAACUAUCCUGACGGUGGCCCACCGCAUCGGGACC